GAGAGAGAGAGAGAGAGAGAGAGACACGCACUGGCUAGCUGGAGCUUCCAGUCUUUCCCGGGUGGCAUUGGCUCUUUGCAGUGGCCCUGUCACCAGGUGAAAGCUGCCUGCUGGGUGGGAGAACGCACCCUAGUGCGGCCAGCUGACCUUCACUGACUCUGGAGAGAAUUUGUGAAGGGUCUGGGAGAAGAAGCCUUAAGACUCCAAGAGACAGAAGAAAGCCCCCCCCCCAACCAAAGAAUCUUCUGCCACUGGGGGAGAUAGCACUGAGUUAACAAACAGGCUUGAUUACCCAAGGUAAUUAUGUAAAAGGAGCCGAGGAGUUCUAAAUGGCUGCAACUUGGAGUUUACUCUGCCUAAGCCACAGGACCAAGUCUUCAGGCUGGCCACCUCCCUCAGGAACCUGGGGCUUGAACCAGGUGCCACCCUAUGGAUGGGAGAUGAUGACAAACCGAGAUGGGCGUGACUACUUCAUCAAUCACAUGACACAGGCAAUCCCAUUUGAUGACCCUCGGUUUGAAAACUGCCAAAUCAUCCCUCCAGCACCCCGGAAGGUUGAGAUGAGGCGAGAUCCUGUGCUGGGCUUUGGAUUCGUGGCAGGGAGUGAAAAGCCAGUGGUCGUACGCUCAGUAACACCUGGUGGCCCGUCAGAAGGCAAGCUGAUCCCAGGAGACCAGAUUGUAAUGAUCAAUGAUGAAGCUGUCAGUGCUGCACCCAGAGAACGGGUCAUUGACCUGGUCAGAAGCUGCAAAGAAUCGAUCCUGCUCACUGUCAUUCAGCCCUAUCCCUCUCCCAAAUCAGCAUUUAUUAGUGCUGCGAAAAAGGCAAGAUUAAAGUCUAAUCCUGUCAAAGUGCGCUUUUCAGAGGAGGUCAUCAUCAAUGGCCAAGUGUCGGAAACUGUUAAGGACAACUCACUUCUUUUCAUGCCAAAUGUUUUGAAAGUCUAUUUGGAAAAUGGGCAGACCAAAUCCUUCCGCUUUGACUGCAGCACCUCCAUCAAGGAUGUCAUCUUAACCCUGCAAGAGAAGCUCUCCAUCAAAGGCAUUGAACACUUCUCCCUCAUGCUGGAGCAGAGAACCGAAGGGGCCGGAACUAAGCUGCUCUUGCUUCAUGAACAGGAGACACUCACUCAGGUGACACAGAGGCCCUGCUCCCAUAAAAUGAGGUGUCUUUUCCGAAUCAGCUUUGUCCCAAAAGAUCCAAUUGACCUGUUAAGGAGAGAUCCAGUUGCUUUUGAGUAUCUGUAUGUUCAGAGUUGUAACGAUGUCGUUCAGGAGCGAUUUGGGCCGGAGCUGAAAUAUGACAUCGCCUUGCGGCUGGCCGCUUUACAAAUGUACAUUGCCACUGUUACCACCAAACAGACGCAGAAAAUCUCCCUCAAAUAUAUCGAGAAAGAAUGGGGAUUAGAGACUUUUCUUCCCUCUGCUGUGCUGCAAAGCAUGAAAGAGAAAAACAUCAAGAAAGCACUUUCACACCUUGUCAAAGCAAAUCAAAACUUGGUACCACCGGGUAAAAAGCUCUCUGCACUGCAAGCCAAGGUUCACUAUCUCAAGUUUCUCAGUGACCUACGAUUGUAUGGGGGUCGUGUAUUCAAGGCAACGUUAGUGCAGGCAGAGAAGCGCUCAGAAGUGACUCUUCUGGUUGGGCCCCGGUAUGGCAUAAGCCAUGUCAUAAACACCAAAACCAAUCUGGUGGCUCUUUUAGCCGACUUCAGCCAUGUCAACAGGAUCGAAAUGUUUACUGAAGAGGAAAGCUUGGUGAGGGUGGAGCUACACGUACUCGAUGUGAAGCCCAUCACACUCCUUAUGGAGUCAUCAGAUGCCAUGAACCUAGCCUGUCUGACAGCUGGAUACUACAGGCUGCUUGUGGACUCCAGGAGAUCGAUAUUUAACAUGGCCAACAAAAAAACUACUACAGGCACCCAGGACACAGGAACAGAAAAUAAAGGAAAGCAUAACCUCCUUGGUCCUGAAUGGAACUGUAUGCCCCAGAUGACAACUUUCAUUGGUGAAGGGGAGCAAGAAGCCCAGAUCACAUAUAUAGAUUCCAAGCAGAAGACAGUUGAGAUGGCAGACAGCACCUUAUGUCCCAAAGAACACCGGCAUUUAUACAUUCACAACACAUAUAAUUCAGAUGAACUUAGCCAGCCGCUGACUCAGCCAGGUGAUGCCCCCUGUGAGGCAGACUACAGAAGUCUAGCUCAGCGGUCCCUGAUGACCCUCUCAGGACCAGACACUCUGAAGAAAGCACAGGAAUCUCCGCGAGGAGCUAAAGUGUCCUUUAUUUUUGGAGAUCUCGCCUUGGAUGAUGGCAUGAGUCCCCCAACUCUUGGCUAUGAAAGACUGUUAGAUGAGAGUCCAGAAAUGCUAGAGAAGCAGAGGAAUCUCUACAUCAGCAGUGCCAAUGACAUGAAGAACCUCGACCUCACUCCAGAUUCAGACAGCAUCCAGUUUGUGGCAAAUUCUGUAUAUGCAAAUAUAGGUGAUGUGAAGAACUUUGAGGCCCCUGAGGGGAUAGAGGAACCUCUCUUGCAUGACAUCUGUUAUGCAGACAACACCGAUGAUGCAGAAGAUGAAGAUGAAGUGAGCUGCGAGGAAGACCUCGUGGUGGGUGAGAUGAAUCAACCAGCCAUCCUCGACCUGUCCGGGUCAAGUGAUGAUAUCAUUGACCUCACGACCCUGCCUCCUCCAGAAGGGGAUGACAACGAGGAUGACUUCCUCCUACGUUCUUUGAACAUGGCCAUCGCUGCACCCCCACCUGGCUUUAGAGACAGUUCAGAUGAGGAGGACACUCAGAGCCAGGCAGCAUCAUUCCAUGAGAACAAGGAACAAGGCAGCAGCCUACAGAAUGAGGAGAUCCCCGUGUCCCUCAUUGAUGCUGUGCCCACCAGUGCUGAGGGCACAUGUGAGAAAGGACUGGAUCAUGCUGUCGUUUCUACGCUGGAAGCUCUAGAAGCUCUUUCUGUAUCAGAAGAACAGCAGAAGAGUGACAAUUCAGGUGUAGCCAUCUUGCGGGCUUAUAGUCCUGAGUCUUCAUCAGACUCGGGCAAUGAAACUAACUCUUCUGAAAUGACUGAGAGUUCUGAACUGGCCGCAGCACAAAAGCAGUCAGAAAGCCUUUCCCGCAUGUUCUUGGCCACUCAUGAAGGCUACCACCCUCUUGCAGAAGAGCAGACAGAGUUCCCCACUUCCAAAGUCCCCACAGGAGUCUUGCCUCCAAAGUCCUCCCAUGGCCUGACUGCUCGCCCAGCGACUGACCUCUCACCCAAAGUUGUGCCUUCCAAGCAGAUCCUUCACUCAGAACACAUGGAAAUGGAGCCGGAAACUAUGGAGACCAAGUCGGUCACUGACUAUUUUAGCAAAUUGCACAUGGGGUCAGUGGCAUAUUCCUGUACCAGCAAAAGGAAAAGCAAGCUGGCCGAGGGGGAGGGGAAAGCCUCCCCCAGUGGGAAUACACCAGGGAAAAAGCAGCAAGGAACCAAAAUGACAGAGAUGGAGGACGAUGCCAAAGGCAAAGCUGGUACUGGGUCCUCAAGAGACAGUCCACACCUCAGCACUUUUAACCUGGAGAGAACUGCCUUUCGCAAGGACAGCCAAAGAUGGUAUGUGGCCUCUGAUGGUGGGGUGGCAGAGAAAAGUGGAGUGGAAACACCAGCCAUGAAAGCCUUCCCCAGAGGUUCUGGUCUGGGGACCAGGGAGGCUGAAGGGAAGGAGGAUAGAUCUCUGGAGGGAGAAGCUGAUGAUGGUUCAGGACUUGGCCAAGGGGACCACUUCCUCACAGAUAUGACUUGUGUAGCCAAAGACUUAGACAACCCUGAAGAUGCUGACUUGUCCACUUGUGACCAUGCCACCAAGCUUCCCGAGGCUGAAGAGAAUGUGGCACGCCUUUGUGACUACCACUUGGCCAAGAGGAUGUCAUCCCUGCAGAGUGAAGGCCAUUUUUCCCUACAGAGCUCUCAAGGUUCUUCAGUGGACACAGGCUGUGGCGCUGGCAGCAGCGGAAGUGCCUGUGCCACUCCUGUGGAGUCGCCCCUCUGCCCCUCCAUGGGGAAACACCUGAUUCCAGAUGCUUCUGGGAAAGUUGGGAAUUAUGUUUCAUCAGAGGAGAGAGCCACAGGCCUUCCUAACCACGGAGCCACCUUCAAGGAACUGCACCCACAGACAGAAGGGAUGUGCCCACGCAUGACAGUGCCUGCUCUGCACACAGCCAUUAAUGCCGACCCCCUAUUUGGCACUUUGAGAGAUGGAUGUCAUAGACUGCCCAAGAUUAAGGAAACCACAGUGUAGCUUUGACAGAGCCUGGGAAGGAGAGACAAGGAGGCAUGCCUUCAGCUUGGUCUCAACAUUCUGAAGCUGAUCCCAUCCUGCUACCAUCAAAUAUUCACUCGGAAUCAAAGGUGCCAAUUCCAAAUCAAGACCCUAAUGAUUUCUCCCAAGCAAACCAGGCAUUCAGAGAGGCUGUGAGCUGGAGGCCAGCAGAUCCGAGAGGGGGGAGUCUCAGGACACCCCCCAGCCAGAGGGCUCUCAGACAUAGCAGCAGUAUCCUCUCAGGACCUGUAGGUUUGGAAACCUUCCGAGAGAGAACCAAGGGUGCAGUCAGCUUGAAGUAUCCAGGUAUCACAGAAGCACAGGAGACCAGUUCGGAAAGACGAGCAGAACUCCCGCUGGGGAGGAAGCUCACCAAGAGUUUUUCCCAAAGCUCAAUGCACUUUAACUCUGGGGGGAAGCUUCCCAGAAGGUCCCCAGUGGCACAUAAAGACUCAAAGUUGUAUAGGACCUUACCCUUGAGGAAGCUGGAGGGCAGCAAUUGGAGAUGCCGAGGACCCUUCAGCUACUGUUUCCUGAACCGAGGGCAGGAUGAAGAUGGGGAUGAAGAUGAAGAGGAAGGAGAGGCCACCCUUCAGGUGUCUUGCCUCUAUCGACCACAGAUAACUCAAGCCAUGCCGGAACAUAGCAACUCAUCUCUGGUUGUUGGGAUGCGGAAGCAAGGAGAGGAGCUGUCCAGAAAGCCAGUGCUAAAGAUCUGGUCGGAAGACCUGAGUGGACUGGAUGACUUGGAAUUCAACAGUAUAGCUUUUGAUGCCAGGAUUGCAAGAAUAAAUGCCCUCAAGGAGAACACAUAUGUAAUGCCUGAUGGAUUUCUUGCAGCCCAGAAUGAUGCCAAUGAGCUGCUCUGCCUUGUCAGGGCAACCAAGGGGAAGAGAGAGGAGUCACACCCUGAAGCAUAUGAUCUUACACUUUCUCAGUACAAGCAGCUCUUGUCUAUUGAAUCCAGACAGUUGGGAAGUGCCUGUAGGAAAAUGGCAAUGGCUGAGAAAAGCCCCGAGGAGAUGCUUUUAGCUAUGAGUUCCAGCUUCCAAGUGCUCUGUUGCCUAACAGAAGCUUGCAUGCGAUUAGUGAAAGUCGUGAACUCUGAAACACAGCGACAGGAAAUUGUAGCGAAGAUUGAUGAAGUGGUCAUAAACUACAUUUGUCUCCUGAAAGCUGCCGAGGCAGCUACUGGAAAGACCACUGGGGAUCCCAAUAUUGCACUCUCAAUGCGACAUUCAACCACCAUGGCCGCUCUUGUAAGCACACUAACACGUUCUCUCAAGAUGCUUUUAAAUAAAUAAAUAUGAAAGUCACAUCGUAAUCUACCUUUGCAAAGCCAUACAUGAACUUUUAUUUACUUUCUGUGUAAAAUGAACGGAUGUCUCCUUUCUCCUCUCUGUAUAUUUUGUUAUUUUAUAUAAAAUAGGAGAUAGAAGUUACAUUGAUGAAUUGUUGAAAUGUCCUAAUCAGAUAUAUUCUGUCUAUAUUAUACAUAUAUACAUGUAAAAGAAAUAUAUGAGAAAGUGAUGGCAUUUGGCUAUUUUUCAUAUAGUCAAACACCAGGUAUAUGAUGGGAAAUUUUAAAUACUACCAUGUUAGAGAAAAACAAUGAAUCCUAUUCCCUCUCCUUCCAAGCAGACACUUGGAGACCAUAUCAUUCAUAUUUAGAAGUCAAAACCAAAAAGAAAAAAGAUCACAAUGUAUAUAAAACAGUACUUGUGUUUUAAAAUUAUGAUUUUUAAGCAUUGGAAAUAGCAAAAAGACAUUUAAAAUUCAAGAAGCUAUUAUGAAUUAUUAGAGAAUAUAUAAUAAAUUAACUUUUGCUCAUAGCAUUUUGUUAUUGGAUGCUUUCUUCCAAGAAUCCCACAUACUUAAUUUUAGUUUAUGCUAUUUGGGCUACAGAUGGGCAGGGGGUGGGUAGUUUUUAUUGGUUCACCACAAAUGCUCUUCUAGGUUUUUCUAGACUUAAAAAGCUUCCCCAAUAGAAGAACAGAGAAUGAUGGGCAAGUUCCUAGGUGAUAACUAGAGUUAUGGAUUACCUGAUUACAUUAAAUAAAUGUAUUAGUUACACCAAAUUUAAAUUGUUCGGUGAAAAGAGAGAUCUGCUUUGACUGAAUGUCAAAAUACAUAAACCAAAGGUAUUAUUUUCUUCCAACUCCAACCCAACCACACAGCUUAAAAUUUCGUUUAGAGUGACAGCACAUCUCGUAAAGUGUUUAUAGAAUUACACAAAAUGGAAAAUGUAAUGGUCACAAACAGUAAGUGCAGACCCAGCAAUGUAAACCAGACCAUACACCAGCACCCGUGAAGCACAGCAUAGCCCUCAGCUCUUUCUCUCAGCUCUCAGAAGAGCUUCUUUAGCACCUCCUCCACAGGAGCCAUGACUAGCAGCAAAACCUGGAAGGACAGCCUACAACCGGGAGAAAUUUUCAAACCAGAAAUAUUCCAGAAAAUCAAAGAGAGAUGGCAACUCUCAGAAUUGAAACCAUGAUUGAAUAAGUCAUGGAGUAUUUUUAUUAAAUGAGUACUUCAUUUGUAUUGGAUGAUAGAAAUAGUAGAUCUGAACAAAAGCAUGGUCAAUUUGACCAUUUUCAGGGAAACUAAGAGAAUGCAAAGAAGUUUUCAGAGCUAUCAUUUCUCUAAAAAUAUAUCUUUGGAUCAAAACAAAAGGAGGCAAACUCUUCAAUCAUAAAAUUGAUAUGUAUAUAUAUUUUUCUGGAUCAUUCAGUAUUUACACUGUACACACUUCAAUUUAUGUAAGUGGCUCCUUAGAAUAAGACAGUAGUAUACAAAGUACAAAUAAUUCCAGUUUUGUAACCUACUAGGCAGGAGAUGUAGCAGGGUCCACAGUUGCUAUUUCUCUCUGGUCAGCCAUUCAUUCCACAGAUUCUCACCAAAAGUCACACCACAGAUUUAUAGAUGGCAGCCAAAGAAGGAGUUCAGACAUGAGUUAUUAUAAAUAAUGUUUAAUUAAAUGAAAAAAACAUUAUUUCAUUACAAUUAUAAAUAUUUGGUGUUUUGAUAUUGAGAGACAUUAGUGGUGUUUACUGUGGAAAAAUCUUAGUAAAUAUUCUGUGUACUAUAAUACUAAUAUAAUAGGAUGUGUGCUCUAUGUCAGACAAUGUGCUAAACAUCACAUUAUCUCAUUUAUUCAUCACAGCAAUCUUUUGGUUUGGACACUACCAUUGAUUCCUUCUGGAGGCAUUAUGGUUUAGUAGUUAUGGAAUAUGGGGACUGGGGUCAGAAACAUCUUGAUUUCAAUUUUGGUUCUGUCAUUCCCUGGCCCUUUCAUAUCGGGAAAGCUAUUUUUUUCUAAGUUUCAAUUUCCUUAUAGUGAAAUGGAAUUCAGUAAUGAGAUCUAUUUCCAUAGGGUUGUCACAAGUUUUAAGUAAAAUUAUGUAUGUAAAGUUCUUACCACAAUAUCUGGCAGAGAUUAAGUACUCAAUGUUAGAUAUUAUAAUUAUCAUAAUCAUUGUGUUAAAUAUAUUGCCCAAGAUAUUAUGUGGAGGAUGUUUGUUUUAUAUGCAUAUUGUAUCCUGACUUUGUGCAGAACACAUUAUGUGUACCGCAUAUAUAAAUGAAAUGUACAAGGAAAUGAUGAUCCUUGCUCAAAUUGCAAAUCUAGUUAGAACAAUGUCCUAGUCCGUUGUAGUUCUUUGAGAAGUCUCAGGGAAAUAGCUCUGGGUCUUUCUAACCAAUCUCCCAUUACCUGUGGCUACUCAGUAAGUUUCUGUUUCUUAUAAACAGUCUUUCCUACUCAGAAAAUCUCAAAGCCUCCCCCCUUCACUAAGCAUGGGGCUCCUAACUGGAGCCCAGGUCCAUUAGAGUAUAGGAAGACCAUAUUAGAAUGAUACUUGUGUUUAUUUUUAUCUAGAUUUUUAUGUUUGUGUAUGUUUUAUAAUGGCAUAAUAGUACAGUGGUACAUGUACAUACUUUUAAAUAAAUAAAUGAAUAAAUGAAUAA